CCAGCAAGGAUGGAAGCCCUGAGUCCCACGCACGCGGCCUCAUCUGUCACCGCGUCUACGUCAGCUCGUAGCCUCCGCUGUCGCCAUGUUCGUUGGUGGGGGUUACUCUAGAAGCAGAGCUCUUUGGCUGCUGCUCCACUUUCUCGGAAUCCUUUCCGGUUCGCGAGCUAUGCUGGAAAAGUAUGCGAAAGGGUAGGAGCCAAGGAGCGAGCUCUCUCUCGCAAGACCGCGAGUGGAAGUCACGCCGUGACAUCACGACCGGCGUGCCCGCCAUCUUGGCUGCGGUUAGGGAGGCGGCAACCUGGGACGCUCGGCUCGGCGGUCUAGAUGCUGAGGCUCUGCGGGCGCGGGCCGGUGCUGACCACCGCGGCGGCGGCGGCGGUGAUGGCCGCAUGGCUGAUGGAGGGGUGGGGUCCCAGCGCCGAGCUCCGUCUUCUCGUACCCGAGGAGCUGGCUCGAUACCGCGGCGGCCCGGGAGAACCGGGCCUCUACCUGGCGCUGCUCGGCCGCGUCUACGACGUGUCCUCGGGCCGGAGGCACUACGAGCCUGGGGCGCACUAUAGCUGCUUCGCAGGCCGAGAUGCAUCCAGAGCAUUUGUGACUGGAGACUAUACAGAAGCAGGCCUUGUGGAUGAUGUUACUGACUUGUCCUUCUCUGAGAUGCUGACACUUCACAACUGGCUUUUAUUUUAUGAGAAGAAUUAUGUACUUGUUGGAAAGGUGAUUGGAAGGUUCUAUGGAAAAGAUGGGCUGCCCACUCCAGAACUCAUUCUGGUAGAAGCCAUGAUGACCAAAGGCUUGGAGGCAAAUAAGCAGGAACAGCAAGAGAAACAGAAGUUCCCACCAUGCAAUACUGAGUGGAGUGCCACCAAGGGCAGCCGGUUCUGGUGUUCCCAAAAGAGUGGAGGCGUAAGCAGAGACUGGAUUGGUGUCCCUAGGAAGCUGUUCAAGCCAGGAGCCAAGGAACACCACUGUGUAUGUGUGAGAACAACUGGCCCUCCUAGUGACCAUCUGGACAACCCUAGACAUACAAAUCGUGGCGACUUGGACAACCCCAACUUGAGGGAGUACACAGGCUGCCCAUCUCUGGCCAUCACAUGUUCCUUCCCAGUCUAAGAUGGUGUCCUCUGUGUUGAUGACAGAGAACCCCACCUGGCUCUCCAACAGGCCCUUGACAUUGAUCCCCUGGGGUGUAUGUAGCCCCUGGGAUAAAGUAGGAGAGCCUAGAAGGACUCCAACCCCACUCUGUAAAUGGAUUCACCAUUUUGGUGACUGAGGUGAGAGGCUGGCUGGUACUAGUCAGCUUUUAAAUUACUUCCUUUUGGAGGAGUGGGAAGUCUCUUUUGUUUUAUUUUGUUGAGGCAGAGUCUCACUCUAGCCCAGACUGACCUGAAAUUCACUCUGUAGUCCCAGGCUGGCCUCAAACUCAUGGCAUACCUUUUAUCUCUACCUACUGAG